AUGGCUUGCACCGCUACAGAUCGAGUAGCAGCACAGGAUGACAAUGAAGUCCGUCUGUCUCAUGAUCUCUCAGAAGGUGAGAUAAAUGCCACUAAGAAGAGAAGAGAAAAAGUACGGAUGUGUUUGAAGAACUUGGAGAUUUCCUGUGGUCAGAAUGACGUGCCUAAUAUCGUUGUUCUGGGGUCAGGUGGAGGCCUGCGUGCCAUGCUAGCCCUGCUAGGAACCUUGGUGGAGCUGAAGAAACGGAAUUUCUUGGAUGCUGUCAUGUACCUGUGUGGGGUGUCGGGAUCCACCUGGUGCAUGUCCUUCCUGUAUGAAGAUAGGAAAUGGUCAGAAAAUGUGAUACACUUGGAAAAGAAACUGUGUGAAAGCCUCAGUAAAUCCUGGGAUUUUAUGAAAACAAUAGGAUACUUAGAGGAGUCAUCAAAAGGUGAACUUUAUUCACUCACUGACUUCUGGGCCUCCUGUGUUGUAUACCAGAUACUGAAGCAGUUUGAUAAGAAUGAGCUGGCUGACCACAAGGACGCCUCAGAGACCGGAAUAAACCCUUACCCAAUUUAUGCAGCAGUGGAUAAGGAUAAACUGAAAGAAGAAGGUAGAAACUUUCCAGGGACUUGGUUUGAAUUCACUCCACACGAGGCUGGAUAUACUGCCGUGGGUGCUUUUGUGAGUACCAAAAACUUUGGAAGUGAAUUUGAGGAGGGUAAGCUGAAGACAAAGGGGGAGAAGAAAUCCAUUUGUUACAUGCAAGGCUUAUGGGGGAGUGCUAUUGGAAGCAUGGAAGAAAAUCUGAAGUUUAUACGAGAGAGCAAUUCAGAUACCGUCACAGAUUAUCAACCCGCUCUUCUUCUACUAGACCUUCAGUUGUGUGCUAUAAGUGGGAGUGAUCCUAAGGAACUCUUUGAGAAAUUGUUGACUAUAUUGUCAGGUGACAUUCAGUCCCCUUACCUGGUCAAAACCAAAACCAUCUCUUUGAUUGAUGCUGGCCUGGCAAUAAAUUCUGCCUAUCCUCUGGUCCUUCGAGCACAGCGUCGAGCAGAUCUGAUAAUUUCCUUUGAUUUCAGUGCUGGAGAUCCUUUUGAGACUAUCAAGGCAACAGCUAUAUACUGCCAGAAAAACCAUAUUCCGUUUCCCAAGAUAGAAGAUAAGAAAAUGGAUAAGGACAACCCUUCUGAUUGCUACGUCUUCCGAGGAGACAACGCAUGCCCUACAGUCAUGCACUUUCCACUCUUCAACACCGUGAAUUGUUUUGAUAAAGUAAAAGAAUACAGAGCAAAGUAUCCCACCUUUAACAUGUCCUUCACCGAGGGAGACAUCAAAGACCUCCUUGAGAAAGCAAGGUUGAAUGUAUCCAACAAUAGUGGGAGGAUUCUUCAUGAGAUAAAACAGCUUGUGCCUCCCCCUCAUGAGAAAAAGUUCUGA